CCAAUUCUGUUGUUCUGUAAAGGUCUCCUGCUUGAGCAAGGGGUUGGACUAGAAGACCUUCAAGGUCCCUUCCAACUCUGUUGUUCUGUUAUUCCAAAGUUAUAGGUGUCUUAUUUGGGCAUGCCAAGGAAUGUGCCAGAAAACUGCGUGGACAUCGGCUUGGGCUCUUGUAAUGAUGUAUCUUAUUCAAAAACGACGUAUCCCAAUUUACUGGAUCAGAAAACCCGAGAGGCGAUUGAAUUCAGUUCCGAAUACGUCUUGGUGAGUGUCCUUCACAACCUGCUACAGGGAGAAUGCAAUCCUGACCUGCGAAUCUUGAGUUGCUCCAUUAUGGCUCCGAAGUGUGAUAACGGCACGGUCGUCAAGCCUUGUCGAAGGGUGUGCGAAACCCUGAGAAAAAAUUGCCUGCCUGCCUUCGACGCAAUUGAAAUGGCCUGGCCGUAUUUCCUGGACUGCGACCGCUUCUUUGUGGGCGAAGCGGAAGGAUGCUUCAAUCCUCUGGAGAAGCUGCGAGGGGAAAUAGAAUUUGCUGAGGAGGCCCUGAGGGAAGCUCCAGCCUCCAUUCAGUUCGCCCACCACUCCUUCCCGCAAAUGGUGAAAGUUUUGAAGAAGGUGGUCUCCAGAUGUCCCCACAUCGCCCGAUUGUCCAGCAUUGGACGCAGCUUUGAAGGAAAAGACCUCUUUGUGAUUGAGUUCUCCACCAGCCCCGGGAACCACGAACUGCUCAAGCCGGAAGUGAAGUAUAUCGGCAACAUGCACGGAAACGAAGUGGUGGGGCGAGAGAUGUUGAUCUACCUUGCCCAGUAUCUGUGCUCUGAGUAUCUUCUGGGCAACACCAGGAUCCAGACCCUGGUCAACCACACUCGGAUUCACCUUCUGCCUUCCAUGAACCCAGACGGAUACGAACUGGCCGCCGAAGAGGGCGCCGGCUAUAACGGGUGGAUCAACGGGAGGCAAACAGCUCAGAAUCUCGAUCUCAACAGGAAUUUCCCAGAUUUGACCUCUGAAGCUUACAGACUUGCAAAGAUCCGAGGGGCUCGGAUGGAUCACCUCCCUAUUCCACAAUCUUACUGGCUGGGCAAGGUGGCCCCAGAGACCAAAGCAGUGAUGAAAUGGAUGAAGUCUGUGCCAUUUGUGCUGUCUGCCAGUCUGCAUGGGGGCGAUUUGGUCGUUUCUUAUCCUUACGAUUACUCCGUCCACCCUACGGAAGAUAAGAUGUUUUCUCCAACCCCGGAUGAGAAGAUGUUCAAGCUCCUUUCUAAAACCUACGCAGACGCGCAUCCUGGAAUCUCGGACAAAUCAGAAAUGCGUUGUGGUGGAAAUUUCGUGAAACGAGGAGGCAUCAUCAAUGGGGCUGAGUGGUACAGCUUUACCGGAGGAAUGGCAGAUUUUAAUUAUCUCCACACAAACUGUUUUGAAAUUACUUUGGAGCUUGGAUGCGAGAAGUUCCCUUUGCCUGAUGAGCUGUACAAACUGUGGCACGAGAACAAGGAGGCCCUUUUGAAAUUCAUGGAAAUGGUUCACCGUGGCAUAAAAGGAAUUGUAUCUGACAAAUUUGGAAACCCAAUCAAGAACGCCCGGAUUUCAGUGAAAGGCAUCCGCCACGAUAUUCUUACAGCGGAUGACGGAGAUUAUUGGAGACUUCUGCCCCCUGGCACCUACAUCGUGAGUGCCCAGGCCAGGGGCUACAGUAAAGUCCUGAAGAAGGUGACUUUGCCUGCAAAGAUGAUAAGAGCUGGUCGGGUCGACUUCAUCCUGCAAGCCGUCAACGGAAAGUUUAGAAAACUUCCCGCGAGGCGGGCCUAUGACCCUUUGGAAGACUUUGAUCCUCAUGCCCGGACAGAGUUAAGGAAGAACGAAGAGCGAUCAGUCGGGGCAAGGGAGAAGCCUUGGUGGUGGCCAUAUUUCAGUUCUCUGAAUCAGCAGAAACCUUUGUGGUUGCUGAAGCAGAGCUGAACUAUUUUAUCCUGCGCCCGUCCCCGGCUACGCUGGUGGUUCCCAGUGGUAUUUCCAUUGCUACCUGGCCCAGAACUGGAAUGGAAUGGGACUCUGUUGAUCUAACAUGGCUUCUCUUAUCCUUUCCUGCAUUUC